UCCAUCGCUAUUUAAAGCCACCCUCCACUGGUGCAUUGCAAGCACGAGAAGGGAGAUCAAAGAAAGCAACAAGAAAGAAAGGGCCAUUGGAGGGGAGGAAGCAAUGGAACAAGGACAGGAGCUGCCUUCUUCUUCGUCUUGCUUGUCCUUCCUGAGGCAGUGCAGGAUCUGCCAUGAGGAGGAGGACGAGGGGAGUGCAACCAUGGAUUCGCCUUGUGGAUGCUCUGGUUCUCUCAAGUAUGCUCACAGGGGAUGUGUGCAGAGAUGGUGUGAUGAGAAGGGGAGCACCCUCUGUGAGAUCUGCCUUCAGAAUUUCGAGCCAGGCUACACGAUGCCUCCAAAGAAAACUCCGGUGGCUGAAAUUGCAGUCAUUAUCAGUGAGGUCUUCCCUGAGGUGCAGCAUGAACAUGACAACAUGCAAUCUGAAGAAUCUUAUGAGAGUUUGAUCCACGGCGCAGAUUACAUCGAAUCCCCCUGCCCUGCGGAUCGAGGUGCCACAUGGUGCCGGUCACUGACGAUAACGUUCACCAUUAUCCUGUUGGUGUGGCAUCUGGUUGCAGUGGUGAUGGUUGAAGAAGCAGAUCACUGCACGUUCAGUCUCCUGACAAUAUACUUACUUCGGGCCGCUGGUAUCUUGCUGCCAUUCUAUGUUGCCACGCGCCUGAUUCGCAUGAUCCAGAGGGGGCAGCGGCAAUAUCGGCUGCAGCUGCUGGAGGACCAAAGAAGAAAUGCAUCAACCGUGAAUAAUAUGCAUGGCCAGGAGCAGCAGCAGCUAGUAAUAAAUAUUCAUUGAGGAAGCGAAUUUAAAUGAUCAUCCUAUAGAAGAUUGCACUUCCAUACAUUGUGUAUCGCAGGGGAAAAUGUUCAACAGAACAUCAUUUGUAAACUUCCAGUAUAUAUACAGAUAGUGCAGUGAAAGCAGCCCUGUUUUAUGGGCACCUUAAGUAUGAA